AUGGCAUCAAGUGGAGGCCACCAUGAGCUUGUGCCAUUUGCCAAGGACCUGAACGCGUUCAUGAAUGAAGUUCGCGAACAAGAACACCACCUCACACACACACACCUCAUCACCUACAUGAAGACUCAUCACCAGGACUGGUUGACCGACUACCUUGCCGCCAAGAAGACGGAAGACCGUGUCUACCACAGUCUGAUGCGACUCUGCCAACGCUUUUCCCAACGAUACCAGUUCUCCCAAAGAGUCCCAUGUGUCUUCAAAGUCAAACAAGGCGAGUUACGUGAGAUCCAUGAAAAGUUCGCAUCUCACUUUUGGGCCAAGUUUGCGUCAACUGCCCAUGCUGACAUUAUCAAUGUUGACAAGCCGUCGGUGUACUAUGAUAUGCCACCUGGCAAGACUCUUGCCAAGGUCGGGGGAUCGUCCAAGGUUGACAAGUCUCAAAACCACUCCAACCGCAUGACAGCCGUUCUAUCGAUCCGGUCGAACGGUACAAUGAACCGGGGAGAAAGCCGGCCGGGUUGA